CCCACACCCUCACAAAUGUCAAAAACCAUCAAAUCAAUACAAUCCUUUUAAUUUUCAUUCACCCAAAACUAAAUUUUUUUCACAAAUAAAAAGUUUUCUGAUUUUUCACGUUAACCGUUUAGACGGGUCGUCGGUCCUAGAUUAAUGAUGCAUCCGACGCAGCGAAACCAGCAACAAAUCACAUCCGAAAGCGCCCUGGGCACCCUAUAAACUAACCUCUUGACCUAUAAGUUUCACAUUUCUUUUACCAAAAUUACGAUGCCGGAGCAGAGCAACGAUUAUAGAGUGGUGGUUUUCGGGGCCGGGGGCGUAGGGAAAAGUUCCCUCGUCCUCCGGUUUGUCAAGGGAACUUUUAGGGAGAGUUAUAUACCAACUAUCGAAGACACUUACCGACAAGUCAUUAGUUGCAACAAAAACAUAUGUACUUUGCAAAUAACAGACACCACUGGAUCACAUCAAUUUCCUGCUAUGCAGAGGCUCUCUAUAAGUAAAGGACAUGCAUUUAUCCUAGUAUAUUCUGUAUGUAGUCGACAGAGUUUGGAAGAACUGAAACCAAUCUUUGAAGUAAUAAAGGAGCUGAAAGGUCCAGAUUUGGGUCAGAUUCCUAUUAUGCUGACUGGAAAUAAAUGUGAUGAAAGUGCAGAGCUCAGAGAGGUAUCGACUUCAGAAGGCCAAGGCCAAGCAGCAGAAUGGGGAGUCAGUUUCAUGGAAACCUCGGCGAAAACCAACUACAACGUGAAGCAAUUGUUUCAGGAACUACUGAAUCUCGAAAAGUCCCGCAAUGUGAGCCUCAACGUGGGCAACAAGACCAACAGUCGAGUGGCCAAAGAUAAGUGUGAAGUUAUGUAAAAGUUUCUUUAUUGAAUUUAUGUUUGUUAGAGAUGAGUUUGGUAACUCUUUGCAUCGGGAAAUCUAUUAAAUAUAGUUAAUACUCAAAAAAUAACAAGUCAAAGAGUUACUAAGCUGGGCUUUGAGUUCCAGUAAUCCAAUUUCCUUAUUAACUAUCGAAAAUUAAUUCAGAUUUUUCUCAAUUAUAUGUAGAUUUUGUUGGGCUUUCUUGCUGAUAUCAUCAGUAAAUAUCGUUCAUAUUUAAUUUAUUCUAUUAAAAGCUGUAUCAUUCUUUAAUAAACUAAAAAAAAACAAUACACUCUGUAGCAACUUUAAAAAACAUGAUAAUAAACGACAUUCCAUUUUCAUUAUUUGUCUUUUAAAUUUGUUUUUAAAAUUCCUUAAGGUCGGAUUAUUUAACAUUAUCUGACCUUAAUUUGUAUGGAUCAUUGUCACCAAUAGCAUAUCAGUAACAGUAGUUCGAACGUUAGAAUUUUUAGAAUUUUAGAGAACCUUGUAAUGUUAAGGUGGGUUGUAAUUGAGAGGGCGCUACGUACUUUUUAAAAAAAAAAUCUGUGCAUAUCUUUUUUUCUUUAUUCUAUUGUCUUCUUAAUAGAGCUAUCAGUAUUAGUAUUUUUUUACUAGUGCCAAUUUGAUUAUUAAUUAGAUAUGUAGAUGUUGAUUUUCGCAAAAUAGAAAUGACAUAAGGGUAUUUUAGCGGACCACUUUGAGAUUAAAUGAAAGAAAACUCUAUUUUGUAGUACACUUUAUUGGCGUAGCGCCAUUUCAGGGACAACUUCAAUUUUUUAAAUAUUAGACUGGGUGCUAUACGCAAAAUAUUGUUAGUGUUAUUAAAGUCUACAUGCCUGAGAACGAUUUGGGGGCUUGUUAGUGUAUGAAGCGUAUUUGGGAAAGAAGUGGCACGAUUCGUACUUAUGAGGUGAAAAAUGAAAAUUUACAUAUGAACCUGAAUAUUGUUUUUGAGGUACUUGAGAACAAAAAAUUAGUAUUUUUUAUAUUUGCUGAAUCGUACAAGUAGAUAAAAGACUUUUUUUAUUCAAAAUAACCCUCACCUAAAAAAAGUCGUCAAACUAUUUUUAUCAAAAAUCCUAUUUUAAAUAAGAGAAAAUCCUGAUGUUUUUGAGGAGUUCUCUGGAAUUGUAUAGAUUUAUUCAUUUAAAAUAUAUACAAGAUCUCUUAUUAAUGUAAUAUGAAGGUUUACGGCAAGUUAUUACGGCGUGGGCAUCUCUAUCCUUAUUUACCGCAUGCAAGUGUCCUUACUAGUCGAGCGUUUUGGAGAGCGAGUUUAAAAUUCAACAACGACUAAUAAAUGUGUCUGAAAUCCAAGGUAUUCCUAUUAUGUUUCAAAUACUGAAGCCAUGAUAUUAUAGUGAAUAAUAUUAUAGCUUCAUCAUAAUAUAUAAAAAAAAAUCACUAUUUGUAAACUAAACCACUGACUACAAAUAUUAGUUACCAUCAAGUGGGGCUACUUUGUGACAAUUUUUUAGGUUUUUUGAUGAUAAAUCAUGUAAACUUGCAAAUAAUAUUAUUUUAGAUAUACCAACUUAUCGUUUCAUAUUUGUUCUUUCUUGAUUCAAAUCGAUAACUUGACAUGUGAAGUAGAAUUUGAGAAAAAAUAAAGUGUCACGAAGUCACCCCAUGGGUCGGGGUUACUUUGUGACAGGGAUCAUCUUGUUUGAUAUUUAACGUGAAAUACAAUUUUGGCACAAAGUAACACCCAUGCUCUAUUUAUAUACAAAAAAUAUAUAAUAUUAAAAUUUUAAAUAAGGAUAUUUGAUAGAUAAAAAUACAUAAAUAAUUACAAAAUAACUUUUAUUUUACAUGUCUAAAUGCUCUUAUGCAAACUAUUAACAAAAUGUUUAUUAAUGUGUAGGUAACUUUAAACAAAAGAAAACUAAGUAAUAAAACUGGUGGUAAAUAUUAUAUGAUACACCUGUGAUUACACAACAAAAUCACUUAACUCUGGAAUGUCAAAUAACGCUCUUCUUCCACGUUGAAUUGGGGCAUUUAUGCCCAUAAUAAUUUACUCAUUUCUAUAAAAUAUCUCGUCUUUCUUUUGAGGCCACUUCCACUGCUUUCCAACACGUUCCAUCACAUUUACUGUCGCUCCUAUAGUGUAUACGGUCAUAACUUGACCUGGAAAAUACUUUCCUCUUAAAUUUAACAACGACGUACUUUCCCUCUGACUUUUCUGCUUUUUGGGCUACAGUUCUUUCUUCAAGUACCCGUUCAUCUUCAUCACUGGAAAAAUGUUCAUCCCAUGGACUGUCAUCACUUUCCAUGGAUUUAAUUUUGUCCGGAUUUUCACUGGAACUAUCUGAUGUUGAUCCAUUAUCUCGACCGCUUUUUAGGCGUUUCCAGGUUGAGGGUCAUCGUUGUUUUGCGUAUUCUCAGCAGAAAUGGGAGCAGAUGGGAUGUUAAAAUCAUUACUACUUAUGCUUUUACCUGGUGGAACGUUUAGGCGCUUUCUUCUUUUGAUCUGCCUUCCUUUGGUUGCGUCAGUCCUUACACUGCUAAGGUGUUGAAUAAAACUAUUACCCACAACCUCAGCUAUUUCGGUAUCUGCUGUUACAAUACGAGUGCAUAAACGGUCCAUGACCUCGUUUCGAUCUAAAGGAUAAAUGCCUGUCUUUCUAAAACCAUAUCUUAGGCUAUCAGGUCCUCUUUCUUCUAACUGACUCAUCAGCUUUUUUAAAAGGCUUGGAAUUUCAUCCUUUGGUAUGGAAGAGACUCUGCUGCCGUAGUUGCUUGCCUUCCACUCGUUUAAAAUUUUGCGCCAUUUUUCCUUCAUUGGGCGGAAAAAGACCACUUCAAGUGGUUGGAGUAGAUGCGUUGUAUUAGAAGGUAAAGGUAUAAAGCGCAUAUUAUUAGCUUCACAUGCUUGAAUGAUCUGCUGAUUUAAAUGCGAGCCAAGAUUAUCUCCUAUAAGGGCCUUUUGCCCUUCUUGCCGCUUUAAUAUUGGCAGCAUAAGAUUUAAAAACCAAUCCUCAAAAACUUGGUAGUCAAACCAUCCCGAAGCCGUUCUAUUAUAUCGCGCGUUUGCGGGUCCAUUUUCAAUCCAUGUAUUUCAUAAUUUUUGAGAUUUAUAAUUAAUAUAAAGUGGAGCGAAUUGACCCUCAGCAUUUCCGCAUAUCAUUAGAGAAGUACAGGCUUUGGAAGAGUUUCUGUUUCGCUCAGGGUACUUUGUUCCCCUUUUGGUUAUUAUUUUUGUCUGGCCUGGGUCGUCAACAAGGUUUGUUUCGUCAUAAUUCCAUAUAUUUUCUGCAGGAAUUCCUUCUAACUCAGCCUCCAAAUUAUCAAAGAAAUUUUUUACAGUUUCUUCCAUCCCGCGAUUCUCUGUGAAAGCUGCGGUUGUCGCUUCAAAAAGGACUUGACCCAAAUCAGUUCCUAGCAUAUUGUUUUUAAAAGGCUUAACUUUUUUGCCUUGACGUUCUAUAUACGAUUUAACUAUACAUCUUAGAUCAAAUGUGCUUACAGGAAAACCAAAAGUUGACACAGUGAUAAUAUGGGCGGCAAAGGCAUCUUCUUCUUGGUCGGUAAAUACUUUUUGUUGUCCAGGCCUGUUUUUGUGCCGUUCUUUAAUUUUCAGCCAUAAUGUGUUUCGAUGUAUACCAAAAUUUUCCGCAGCACCGCGUAAUGAUAUUCGUUUAUUUUUUAUAUCAUUAAGAGCUUCAGCUAACGUUUCUUCUGUAUAGUUUUUGUAGCUGCGGCAGCCAAUUUUGUUUUGUACGCCCUUGGCAUUGUAUCUAAAAGAAAACAAUUUUUUUGGUCUUUGUUUAACAGGUAAGGGGCUACUUUGUGACAUUUUUGUUUGUCACAAAGUCGCUCCUCGUUUUGUACUUUUUUCGUAAAAAUAGAAAAAACAAAUUAAAAAAAAACUCGAAAGUAUACAAUUUUUACAGUAAAGCAAGCAAACAUAUUAUACUUUAAUAUAAACUUACCUUAGUUAAAAAAUCUUUCACGGUUUUUUGCGCUCAAUGGAAAGUUUACACACAAAUCGAAAAACACCUGUUUGCCUAAUUUUCAACUCUGCUCUGGUAUGAGGAGCGAUGUUUUGCUACCGGCUUUUGUCAUAUUGACCUAUGGCGCACCCGGUACACUAUUGUUAUAUGAAAUUUAAAUCGUUCUAUCGUUUUUAGCGACCUGGUAAAAAAAUUAAUUUUAGUCAAAAGUGCCAAUGUCACAAAGUAGGCUGUAGUGUCACAAAGUAGUUUCUUUACGGUAUCUAAACGUUUAAGACGGGGACACUUUCUUGACGCUUCUGGGGUCUUUCAGAGCGACUUGGAUUAGCGACAAACACUAUUACAUUACCUUGUAACUUCUAAUAACGGAUUUAAAUGAUCAUAGACUUAUGUAAAAGUUUUUAUGAUUUUUUUUUACUUUUUUAUCUUCUAAAUACUCUGAAUAUGGCUACUUCCCAAAAUACCCUAAGGAAUACCUUAGGUUGAGAUAACUUUAAGUUUUUUUAAAUAUGUUGCUCAUAUUUAUUAUACACAAGAAAAUAUAUUUUUCUAUAUUUAUUACAUGGUAAACGCACAAACAUUCAGAAAAAAUAAAAAAGGUUAAGUAAAGAAACAUAAUUGGUCUUAAUAGCCUAGAUCAGAGAUCUGAAAAAUCUAAGUCUUAAGAAGCCAUUCAAUUGUUGAUUAUAUAAAAAUGGUAUUUUUCUUUACGUUAUACCAAUGUGCUCCAACUUUCCGUACAUCAAUCAAAUCCAGGCUUUUGAUCUUUGGUUGGGAAUUCUCUGAAAUCAGUUUUAUGUAGCAUUUGUUGGGGUUUUUGACAGUAUAAAAGAAAAUAAAGUAAAAUAUUUUGAGACAAAUGCAGUUGUUUUAAAUCGAAAGAAUAAAAAUUAUAAUAAGGUACUAUAUGAAAGGGACACUAACAUGUGACAUGUCGUUCUUUGGCCCUUGUAGAUUUUAAAUAUUUGUUAUAUUCACGCUUUUAUAGUGUUCACUAUAUGAACUGCAAUUGUGAUCCGAUUUGUAACGUAUUUAUGCAACGAAGUAUGUUAAAAAAAAUUUAAAAUAUUAAUAAGAAAUAAUAAUAUACUUGCGAUAGAAGAAUUAGAUUCUUGUUAAGUGCAUUCGAAUAAAAAAAAAGUGAAAUGUAUAAGGUGUUCCCGGAAAUUUAUGCACGAGAACUGAUCAUUCCUUUAAAUUUAUAUUUUUAGGUAACACCUUGUAUGCAUUAAAAAUGAAUGUACCUAAACGUAAUUUUUUAAUACAUGAAUUUUUGCUCUCUAGAACGCUGUUAAUAAAAUUGACUUUAUCUGCUCUAAGUAAUCAGUAAACAUUUUUAGUAUUUUCUUACAUAAUUAUUUUUGUUUGCUAUGCAUAGAGUAACCACGAAACAGUCCUAAGGGUUUUUGAAUGUAAUUCAAAAGCUUUGAGACUAUAAAAGAUUUUUUUACUAAAAUUGUUAUUAUAUAGUGAACUUAACGGAACAAAUUUGUAUACUUGUAGAUAAUUUACCUACUGUUUACUCAAAAUUAUCUCUGAAUUUAUUAAACA